UUGCUGAUGGACACAUCAAAAGAAAAAUCAAAGGAAAUGGGGAAGGUUCAAAUGCCAUUUUGUAGGAGAAAAUGGACCAAGAGAGACAAAUAUAUGGCAGCUCUCUUUUUAUCUUUCCACAUCCUUUGUAUUUUUGCACCCUUCCAUUUCAAUUGGAAUGCAUUUUGGGUGGCCUGUGUAUUAUAUGUUAUCACAGGUCUUUUUGGAAUAAGUAUUUCUUAUCAUAGAAAUCUUUCACAUAGAAGUUUCACACUUCCAAAAUGGCUCGAAUACACAUUUGCAUAUUGUGGAGCUCAUGCACUUCAGGGUGAUCCAAUCGAUUGGGUGAGCACACAUAGAUGUCAUCAUCAAUAUGCUGAUACCGAAAGAGAUCCACACAGUCCUAUUCAAGGAUUUUGGUUUAGUUACAUCGUUUGGGUUUUAGAUUCCAAUACUUUAACCAAGAAAGUUUGUCCAGAGUACUUUAUUGAUUAUAAAGAUAAUGAAAGAAGUGUGUUUACAAUGGUUAUGAAGUAUGGAAGGCCAAAUAAUGUUGGUGAUAUGGAUAAACAAACAUUUUAUAGAUUUAUUCAUGAUACCUACUUUCUUCAUCCAAUUGCUCUUGGACUUCUUCUCUACAUCGUUGGAGGAACACCUUUUUUUAUAUGGGGAAUGUGUGUGAGGACUUCAUUGUUCAUACAUGUAACCUUUAUGGUUAAUUCAAUUUGUCAUUCAUGGGGAAGACAACAAUGGAACACUAGAGAUUCCACUAGAAAUAAUUGGUGGAUUAGUUUGUUUUCAUUUGGAGAAAGUUGGCACAAUAAUCAUCAUGCCUUUGAGUAUUCAGCAAGGAUGGGGCUUGAAUGGUGGCAAGUUGACAUUGGUUGGUAUGUUAUAUUGUUUCUUCAAGCCAUUGGAUUGGCCACUGAUGUCAAACAACCCUCUCAAGCUCACAAGCAAAGGCUAGCUAUGGAUAAACCAAAUGAAGCCCUUCCAGAAUAUUGA